AUGGCAGACACAGAUGCUAGAUAAGUCUUUAGACCCAAAUUCGUGUAUUCUCAAUUGAAUGAUGGCAUUCUGAUUCGCAGAGAUAAUGGAAUUGUGCUGAAAUAUUAUUACAGUUCGUCUAAGCCAUUGCCAUAAGACGCUGUUCCAGUCAAAGAUAUAGGUUUCAUCAAAAGAUGCGUUCUCAGAGAAUGUGAGGAAACUUAAUAAUAGGAAAAAAGUGCAAGAUCAAAGAAAGAGCUUUACGGUAUAUUCGGACAGAUUGAACUGCCUGAUUGCUAAUUUCUCAUACUAAUAGAGGAGGCUACAUUCCUAGGAAAUAUUUUGAUGGCUAAUGUGUUCAGAGUUGAUAAAUUACUUUAUGUUCCAUUGAAUAUUAAUCCAACAUACAAAGCUUCCCAAGAGGCCCUUCAAUUCAUAGAUAUGAUUGAGAAUAUCUAAAAGGAUAAGCCAUUCUACUUCUCUUAUGGAGUUGAUUUAACUAAGAGCAUGCAAGUCAAUAUUCAAGAGGCUAUCCAAUAGAAUAGUAGCAACUAGAUGAUUGGGGGAUAUGCGAAUCAAAUGGUUGAAGCAAUGUCACUAUACCCUAAUGCAAUAAAUUACAUCCCUAAGUUUACUUUCAACAAUUUCUUACUUAAGGAUUAUGACAGUCUUACGUUGGCUCCAUUCAGAGUACCCUGCAUAUUUGGAUUCGCUUAUAUUAGGACAGUACAAGUUGACAAGACUAAAUUCGACUUUGCACUCGUCUCAAAGAAAGAUUGCCGCAGACCUGGGAGAAGAUUUUUAGUUAGGGGUAUUGAUAAUGAAGGUUGUGUAGCAAACUUUGUAGAGUCAGAGCAUAUUCUCUCAUAUCUCGAUGAAGGUACUAUCAAAUUUACAACAUACAUUCAGACAAGAGGAUCUAUUCCGUUGUUGUGGACCCAAAAGCCUACUAUGAAAUACACUCCAGCUGUUAGAGUUAAUCCGAAUCUUAAUGAUUCACUUCCCCUUGCUCAGAAACAUUUAGAUGAGAUGAAGUCUGUUUAUGGUGAAACCUACAUGAUCAAUCUAAUAGAUAAAAAGGGUUCUUAGCUGAGAGUUGGCAAGUAAUUUACCAAUCUGCAUUAAAGUUUGAAGGAUGAUAUGAUUAAAUACACUUGGUUUGAUUUCCAUCAUGAAUGUCGUAAAAUGAAAUAUGAAAACCUUGCUAAGCUCUUAGACAGCUUCUCAGACAAGCUUGAAUCAUACUCUUAUUUCUUUGCCAAACUGGAAUAUGGAAUGGAGCAGAGAGACAAGAUUAACAAUAGAACAUGCACAAUUCUAAGCAGACAAAGCGGAAAUUUCAGAACGAAUUGUAUGGACUGCCUAGAUAGAACAAAUGUUGUGUAAUCAGUUAUCAGCAGAAAUAUUGCUCACAGACAGCUUUACAAUAUGGGAAUUGCAGGCAAACCAUCUGGUAGUCCUUUUGAGAGAUUCUCUGAUUAGCUUGAGGAGUACUUCAGAGAGUGCUGGACUGAUAAUGCCAAUGUUGUGAGUAUCCUGUACACAGGCACUCCUGCUUUAAAGACAGAUUUUACAAGAACUGGAAAAAGAACCUUCAAAGGCAAUCUUAAUGAUGGGUAUAAUUCAGUCACUAGGUACUACAUUAACAACUAUUGCGAUGGUUACAAUCAUGAUUGCUUGGAUUUGGCAUUUGGGAAACUCACUCCAUCAGCCAAAAUACUUAAGAAAGGCUUUAUGUCUCCCUUAAAACUCAGUCUAGUUAUGGUAAAUAAUUCCCCUUAAUAUUAUUCAUAGAUAUUCCUUGUACUCUACUCUCUUAAGUUCUUCAUGAAUAUAUAUAUUCCUCAGCAUGAUGAGAAUAAGGCUCAUAUGAUUCACUUCUUGGUACUUUCUAUGGGUCUUUUCGCAGGCAUUCAAAUGAUAAUCAGUAAGCUAGCUAAUUAUCUUAAUUUUUUCUAGCUAAUGGUCAAAAGUUCAUCGAUGACACAUCUAGAUUUGUUUGAGGGAAUGAAAGAUUAAUGA